GAGAGAGAGAGAGAGAGAGAGAGAGAGAGAGAGAGAGAGAGAGAGAGAGAGAGAGGGAGGAAUCGUAGCUUUGCAGCUACUUCCCACUACCAUGCUUUCAUGGAUGACACUUCUCUUGAUAGCAUUAGUUGGGUUCUGGCCCAUUGUCUAUCUCAUACGUCCCAUGAGAGGGGAUAGGAAGAGAACGAAUGGUGUUGGAAUCAAAGGUACGUUACCGCCUGGUCCCCAGGGACUUCCCAUCUUGGGAAGCCUCCUCACGUUGGGGAACCUCCCUCAUCGUACGCUCCAUAGAUUAGCCAACAAGUAUGGCCCAAUCAUGUACAUGCAGCUAGGCCUAGUUCCAACCAUCAUCGUCUCUUCCCCUCAAGUGGCCCAGCAGUUCCUCAAGAAAUAUGAUCUCAUCUUCGCCACUAGGCCGGACACUAAGGCAGGCCACUACAUGUCCUUCGGUAGAAAGGGAAUAUCGUUCGCCCCGUACGGUCAUUACUGGCGAAACAUGCACAAGUUUUGCAUGAUAGAGUUGCUUAGUAACCUCAAGAUCGAGUCAUUCAGGUCGAUGAGGAGAGAAGAGCUAGUCCUCCUCGUGCAAUCACUUAAGGAUGCAUCUGCGGCCUGCCUCCCGGCCAACCUUACCAUCAAAGUUGCAUCUUUUACCACAGACAUAACAUGCAGGAUGGUGUUUGGGGAGAAGAAAAUGAACAAGAUUAUCGAUGAGCAAGGCUUCAAAGAAUUCGUUGAAGAGGUCACGUAUCUUGCAGGAGCUUUCAACAUAGCUGAUUACAUUCCCUGCAUCGGCCCGCUCGAUCUCCAAGGGUUACGACGCCGCAUGAAGACCACUAACAAGUUCUUCGAUAGCCUUUUUGAGAAGAUCAUCGAUGAACACUUACAACAUAGUGAAGUAAGGCAUCAGAGGGACUUCGUCGAUUUCAUGUUGUCAUUCAUGACUUCUGACGAAAAUCAAUUUCAGUUCAAUCGGAGCAAUAUCAAAGCCAUAUUGUUGGAAAUGCUUCUGGCUGCGUUGGACACAUCAUCGACUACGAUAGACUGGGCCCUCUCAGAGCUCAUCAAGCAUCCACGUGUGAUGAAGAAGGCACAACAGGAGUUAGAGUCCAUUGUAGGCAUGGAGCGGAUGGUGGAAGAGUCUGACCUGGAAAAUUUGGAGUACUUGGACAUGGUGGUAAAGGAGACCAUGAGGCUUCACCCUGUGGUCCCAUUGCUUCUCCCUCGUGAGGCCAUGGAGGAUUGCACCGUCAACAGCUUCCACAUACCCAAAAAAUCUCGCAUCAUUGUAAAUGCAUGGGCCAUCGGACGGGACCCCAAUGUGUGGUCUAAUCCUGAAGAAUUCUACCCUGAGAGGUUUGCAGGCACUAGCAUAGAUGUAAGGGGCCAUGAUUUUGAACUUCUACCUUUCGGGUCUGGGCGUAGAGGUUGCCCAGGAAUGCAGCUGGGCCUAAUGAUCGUCCAACUAGUAUUGGCCCAACUGGUGCAUUGCUUUGAUUGGGAGCUUCCAAAUGGCAUGUCACCUGAUGACAUGGACAUGACCGAGAAAUUUGGCAUUGUCAUGCCUAGGAUCAACCAUCUGUGGGCGGCUCCGACUUACCGCCUUAGGGAUGAUAUUUCUGCUGAGCAAAUGAAGAUUUGAGUGUGAAAGGAUGUUGAAAGAAAAAGAAAGAAAGGAAAAAAGACAAAGGAAGUGGUAAUUAGCAAAAGAAUAAUCCAGUGUUAUGUAUGUAAUGCAUGGGCCUAAAUUAUGUUUGAAAUGCUUUGUUAAGUAUGAGUAUAUUCUACACAUGGUUGUAGCCAAUAAAAGUUAGCAUAAGAUGACCAUUUAUGUA